UCGUCGUCCGCAAUGUCCACGGGUACCGUCGCCACCACCGUCUAGGAACGCGCCGCCACCACUGACGCCGCCAGCAGUAGUGUGUGUGUGUUGUCAUCGCGCCGCCAAAACCACCGACAGAACGCAACUGUCUACACACCGAGAAGUAAGCAUACUGCGUUACUGCACUGUAAACAAGCACGGUCGAACUUACGUCACGCCAUGAAGUUGUUAACUUCGUUCAUGUUGUCGAUCGCUGCGGUGAUGGCUGUCACGCAUAUGGUAUAUGGGUUACCCGCUCCCGGUAAAGCGGACGCGGCCAAAAUCCAAAAAAACAUGGCCAAGAAUAAAGCAAAGAAGACGCAAGAAGUACUCCAGUUUGGUAAUCAGCAGAACAGACAGGCAGACACUAGAAACUACGCUAGAGCCGAAAAGAGACAAGCACCUGAUGAUCACCACGACCCAGAACCGGUGCCCGAAGUGAACAACGCCCUUGAACACUAUCCCCAGGCAGCCAGACACGAAAAAAUCGCCGACCUCUUUUACAAUCCAGAUUCCUACGGACUUCAAUCACUAGACGCUGAUGACCGUUAUAAAAGGAACGCUUACCAUUUCGGCACCCCGGUUAAGAGGAGUGGUUCUAGAGUAUAUGGUUCUUAUCUGGAUAGCGGACGUGCCAAACGUGACUUGCCUUUCGACCCUGAAGAAUUGAUGGUGUUGAUGUCCCUCCUGGAACCGAAUAAGGCUCGAGAAAAAUCCAGACGUCCCCCACAAAGUUAUGGUCAAAGUUAUGGUCAAAGUUAUGGUCAAAAUUAUGGUCAAAAUUAUGGACAUGAAGCAAUUUCAUUUGAAGAUAAUGAAAUACCAGAUGAAGAUGAUGAAGAUGACAUCCAAGAAGUCUGGGAGGAGCGCCCUGUUGUACUUGCCCCAUCACCGAAAGAUUUCUAUAUAAAUAACGAGUUUCAGCGCAAGCAGAGAGCUCAACAUGGAUCCAAAGGUCUAAACCACUAUCAAGAGGAACCGCAGUACUAUAGAUUGUCAGAUUUCUACCGCUAUUACAACUACUAAACAUAAUAAUUUAUUAAUGUUACUAUAACAAUAAUUAUUAUAAUAUACCUACGAGUACGGCGAUGCUGUUUCACUCAUCUAGUGGCAUUUAUAUACUUUACCAUCAUCUUUAAUUUAUAAUAAACUUAACGUUAAUAUAA